GGUCUGGGUCGCAACCAGGGCCAGGUCGCAGAGAGUUCGGAGGCAGAACCCUCGCUGCCAGCGUCCCCCACUACGCGAAGUGACUCCCUCGGAGGGAGAGCACUCCAGCCCGCGCCUCCGCGUCCCAGCAGGGCUCUAGCUCUCCCCAUCCCAGGAGGCUCCCUGCCAAGAUGGCAUCAGCUGGAGACCCCCCGACAGGCCAGCGGGAUGCAGCGGACCAGAACUUCGACUACAUGUUCAAGCUGCUGCUCAUUGGCAACAGCAGCGUGGGCAAGACGUCCUUCCUGUUCCGAUAUGCCGAUGACUCCUUCACGCCCGCCUUUGUCAGCACUGUGGGCAUUGACUUCAAGGUCAAGACAGUCUACCGCCACGACAAGAGGAUCAAGCUGCAGAUCUGGGACACGGCGGGCCAGGAGCGCUACCGUACCAUCACCACAGCCUACUACCGCGGAGCCAUGGGCUUCCUGCUCAUGUAUGACGUUGCCAACCAGGAGUCCUUUGCUGCCGUGCAGGACUGGGCCACGCAGAUCAAGACCUACUCCUGGGACAAUGCUCAGGUCAUCCUCGUGGGGAACAAGUGUGACCUGGAGGAUGAGCGUGUUGUGCCCACCGAGGAAGGCCGGAGGCUCGCCGACGACCUUGGUUUUGAGUUCUUCGAGGCCAGCGCCAAGGAGAACAUCAACGUGAAGCAGGUCUUCGAGCGCCUGGUGGACGUCAUCUGCGAGAAGAUGAAUGAAUCCCUGGAACCCAGCUCUAGCCCUGGCAGCAAUGGGAAAGGGCCGGCCUUGGGGGACACCCCAGGCCCACAGCCCAGCAGCUGUCCCUGCUAGAGAUGACUCUCCCACCCCACCCCCUCCUGCCUCGGCAGAGACUGUAACUGAGGCAUGAGCCAUAAGGGCUGUCUCCAAGCUCAGGGCGCCCCCCACUUCCCGUCGGCCGCCCCCACUCCCGCAUGGCGCGUUCUCUGGCCAUGGCCUCCAGCCUGCCCAAGCAGCCCCUGUCGCAGGCUCCAGACCCUGCUGCGGGCAGGGUCUGGGGGAGGUCCGUGCACAAGCUUGCUGCUUCCCGGCGUUGUCAUGGUGAUAGUGAGCACGCACACGGCGCGUCCCAAUUUGCCUGGUGAAAGGGCAACCGCCAUGCCUUCUGGGUUAGAACCACUUAUCCGCAUCCGUUUCUGAGUGGGGCAUUGUUUUUAGUUCGUGUGCUGGCCGGAGAUGGUUCUUCUCCCUCGUGCGGUGGGGGUGGGGAGUUGGUGGGAGGGAUCUCAGAAUUCAUCCCUGGAGAUGUGGAAGGCAGCUCCUUUCUCAGGAUCGCCCAGUCUGCCUGUGAACCAGGCUGGUGGUUUUGCAUCUCCCAGACCCCUCCCUUCUGACCUGCAGAUCUUCUGCCUGUGAAAGCAGUAUUAAAGCGGCUUUUCCCAGAGCGCCCCAUACCCCCACCCGCGGCUUCAGGGACCCCAGAAGUGCCUUCUGAGCUUCUCCAGAAUUUGCUCGACCCUGCCACUGUUACAGCUGACCCACUGCAUUCCCGAUCCAGAACAGAAUUCUGGAAACUGGGGGCUGCUCUGGGCCAGGCAGAGAAUCAUGCAUUCCUGCUGAGGACUUUUUACCAGGAGUUAAUUCAGAGUUAGAAGCUUAGGCUCUCCUGCCCUGACCUGCCUUCCACGGGCCCUGUUUGGCUGGUAAUGUUUUAAGCAAGGUCUUUCCACAUCCCAUAUCCUGCUCAAAAAGGAAAUUGAGCAAUAUUCCUGUAGGGUAGCCUGCGCUGGCUGGUGGCGCUCCAUGUGAGGACAUCGGCUCCUCCCAGUUGAAAAACCUUGAAGACUCAGGGCUGGCUUCCCGAACCAUGUAAUCUCUGGGGUCCAAUGAUGUUCUCUGCUAAUGGAGGAGCCACAGGAAAGAAUGUUUUGGGGUUUGGCUGGAGGGGCAGCAGGGAAGGCAGGGCUGGGUAACCACUGUUGCUACUUGCAUUUCCCGGAUGCUGCUUGGGAGUGGCAGGCUGAAGACAGAUGGGCAGAGGACCAGUCCCCCUGGUUGAUUGUGGCACUAACUAGUGGGGAGCCCACCAGGUUGGGGGUCCCCAGCUACCAGGGGCUCCUGCUGGGAGGUGAUCAUUUUGACACCUUCCUGGCCCCAUCCUCCGCUCAGUGGCCCUUCCUGCCCACCUGAGUCCAACCUUGGUGACACAGCACCUCUUUCUACCCUGGAACACUGAUACCCCAGAACUUGACAGCCACUGUGAGGGCAGCCAAGUGUAUGGUUUGUCCAGUCUCCCAGCCCUGCUGCCAAAAUGAUUUUCUGUAGCCUUGCGGAUCUCUGCUACUUCUACCAGGAAUGGGGAAGGUCUGGGUCAAGUUUAACGUAGUUCUUACCUUUAUAGAAGCUGGAGAUUGAAUUUGUUUCUAGAGGGCCCUGUUCACCCCAAACCAGGGACUGCCCUUAGAGCGUCAAAAGUGGGGAUAUUUUUUGUACACCAACAAACUAGACUGCGAUGAAAAGGACAAGUUCUUGGAAAUACACCACAUGAGACUUAUCGGAAGGUUUGGGGCAGGGGAGUCUAAAAUGUUAGUUGCUUUAACAUAAAAGAGAAAGCAGCUAGAAAAAGGCUUCUUAAGACACACCAUGGCCUGUCAAGAUUCCCUUUGCCUGUCCAUUUUCCUUAAACUGCUGCCAAAAAAAAAUGUUUGGCCAGAGUGUCACUAUCAAGGGGACCAGCUGACUUGUGUGAUAGCCUGUGUAAUAAAAGACAGCUUUGGCUGCAUCUUGUACCUGACCUGGCCUAAGAUUUCUGUUUACACAAGACUUUUCAGCAAUUCAACUUUAAGUCACAUUGGAGACAGCUGCCACUCUUGAGGGUUCUCUCAAGCCUGGGAAUGAUGUAGGAGAAUUUUUCUUAUUUGGUCUAAAAAUGGUGUUACGUUUUUAUCUUAUGUUUUUUGGGGAAGUUUAACUCCUGACAGUGUCUGGAAAACUGAAACUGAUGUCCUCAAAGAUCACUGGAAGGGAAUGGAGGUUUGUUGAGUUUACAAACAAAAAUUAAGCCAAAGGCUGUAGGAAGACAGCUACCUAGUGCCAGGGAGGCUAGGAUCUGGGGAGGUGACUUGAGGCUGUAUCCUGCAUCCCCACUGUGCCUUCUUAUUAUUUGCUUUCAACUUGUCUUUCCAGUAUCAGCAGGAAAUUGCCAUGAUCGCCUUUUGGGAUUUGGGGUUAUGUUUGUUUUGCUUUUCUUUGGCUUCUCUGGGGAUCAUUUUCUUGUGUGUUUCUCUCCCAACUCCAUUGAAAACAAAACAAGGGGUGAAAUUUGAUUUCAGUGUUGAAGUGCUAAUUCCAAUAAGUUACUUCUCCUCCAUGAUCCCAGAACACAUCAGGAGAGAGCUCUAGGCCUUUAUCUUCUGGGUGUGGUUCUCCUUGUGUAAGCUGUUCUUGGAUGUUCAGUCAUAAAGAUGUGCAGUUU